CGCGAAGAUCGCCCCAGACCCGGAAGAUGAGAAGCUCUCCACGGAGGACGCCAGGGCCGCGCUGGACGCCCUCGACGCCCAGGCGAGGAUGGUGGGUGCCGCGUUGCGGUCCCGGGACCGCGAGGCGGCGGCCAUGAAGGCGUCGCUCGAGCCCGGGGAGGCUGAGCUCGCGAGCGCCGAGGCGGAGCUGAAGAUCAUCGCCGGGCUGGGAAGAACCGCGGCGAGGGAGGCGGCGGCGACGGCGCAGAUUGCCGAGACGCGCGCGGUCAUCGCCGAGCAGAAGACGCUCAUCGAACGCCUCACCGGCGUGAGCAUCGUGACCAGCGACCCGUCCGCGGGGUCCCUCGUCCUCAGGCUCGUCACCCGCGUUGACGCGACGCCGGCGUUCGCGAUGGCGAUGGACGAUGCCGGAGCGCACCCUAAGCACCCCGUUCCCGUUCCCGCGCACGACGAGACCCACACGCUCACCGUCACCUUCCAUCCGGGCACGACCGCGGUGAAGGACGCGGUGCUCGAGCCGACGGGUGUUCCGAUGGACGACAUCGUCCAGGCGGCUCGCGCGUCGGGCGCGGCUGAGGCAAACUUGCAGAAGCUGACGGCUGAGUUGAAGGUUCGCAUUAACGCGACGCACGCGAGGUGCGAGGCGCUGGGCGCGCUCGCGAACACGUUGUCCAUGGACUGGAGCGCGUCGUUGUCGCAGAUCCGCGUCGGUUUAUACGGCGGCGCGGGCGGAGCGGUGGCGGCGGUUGACGUGCCGCUGGAGUGGCCGCUGAACGGGGCCAAGUGUCGGGUGGUGGGUCUGGCGGGUCUGGCCCCGGCGGUGGUGGCGGCCGCGGCGCAGAGGGUCGAAGCGAGCGGGUACGCGACCGUGACGGAGGCGCUCAGGGCGACGCGGGAUGCUCUCGCGGCGUCCGGCCACUCCGCGUGAUGA